AUGGUAGAAACUAAGGGGAAGUUAGCAGAGUCGUCCACCGCGACGCCGUCUGACACGUCGGAAACCACAAGUCCUCCAAAUCGCCCCAUGAGUCCCCCCAUCAAGGCAUUGUGGAACAAGUUGAGUGGCAACCCUUUCGCCACGACGUUCGAGAAGUGGGCAAAGGAAAUACCAGAUGCAGAGGCUGUGGUAUGGCUGAACGGGGAGGGAGAUGUUGCCGAAAUAAGGACAUAUAAGCAACUCGUCGAUCAGAUUUACCAACUGGCGGGUUUUCUGCAUGAAAUAGGAAUCAAGCAGAGCGACCGGGUAAUCUUGUGUUAUCCUCCAGGAAUAGAUUUCAUAGUUGCGUUUUACAGCUGUAUUAUUUCAGGCAUUGCAGCUGUGCCCGUUUACCCGCCAGAUCCCACAAAAGGAAUGACGGAUAUUCCGCGUUUCUGCGAUAUUGGUGACAGUGCUGGAACGAAGAAGGCCCUCACGUCUACGACGUACCGCCGUGUAGCUGCGGCGAUGUCUGUUGUUUCGCGGGAGAAACGAUGGAAAGAAAUAGAGUGGAUAUGCACAGACUCCAUUAAAAAGAACAGUGCUCCAGCUCCCCGCUGCCCUGUGACUCUGGACCCUCACUCCAUUGCUUUUCUCCAGUUCACCUCGGGGAGUACAUCUGAGCCAAAAGGUGUAAUGGUGACGCAUGCGUCUUUGCUGCACAACAUGCAUUUGUGCUGGCAUUCCUUUGAGUUCCCAACCCAUUUAGAGACCAAAGACCCUAACGAGCAGUUCUCCUCCCGCAACUAUGACUUUUUCGACCUUGAGGAGUUUUGGAAAAGACGGCAUGCACUGUCUGUGGCCCGAAGGGGACACAGGGUUCGCGCGUUCUCCUGGUUACCAGUUUAUCACGAUAUGGGGCUCAUAGGCUUUGUUUGCUGUCCAAUGUUUUGCGGGGCCGCCCUCUACCAAAUGUCUCCAAUCGACUUCAUUCGGCGACCUUGGGUGUGGUUGAAAGCCUUGAGUCAGUACGAAUGCGUAUGCAGUGCUGCACCUAAUUUUGCGUUUGCGCUUGUGACACGCAAGAUGCCUGACAACGUGUACAACCAGCUGGACCUCUCCCACGUGACAGGUAUCUUGUCGGGCGCAGAGCCUGUUCGUCGGCAGACCGUGGAGCAAUUCGUUGAGAAAUUUGCUCCAAAGGGUAUUCAGCCUCGGACUGUGGCUCCCGCAUACGGUCUUGCUGAACACACUCUCAUUGUAACCGGCAAGGGAGACUGGAAAUCCAGCGCCAGUGUUCUUUACGUUAAUGCUCUGAAGCUUCGAUCUGAACGCAUUGUGGAAGUGUUCACUCCGGAAGAAGCAGCAGCAAAACCUCCAGGCGAAGUGCAAGACGUCGUCAGUUGCGGCUUUCCAUUCCAAGGUGUCACUGUUAAAAUUAUGGACCCCGAAACACACCGAGAACUACCAGAUAGGCACGUCGGAGAAAUUGUUGCAUUCAGCGAAUCCGUUGCUCUCGGAUACUUCAACAGGCCAGAGCAGACUGCAAUCACAUUCCGGGUGGCUGUAGUAGAUGCCCAAGGAAACAGCACUCCCGCUACUGGACUCCGCACUGGUGAUUGUGGCUUUAUGCACGAGGGAGAGCUCUACGUGACCGGUCGAUUCAAGGAUAUAAUUAUCAUCAGGGGGCGAAACUACUACCCUUCGGAUAUUGAAGAAGCAGUUUUAGAAGUUCCGCAAGUCCGACCGGGAUGCGUAGCUGCAUUCGCUAUUGAAGCGGAUUCAAACGAACUUUUGGGUUUAGCUGCCGAAUUGCGUGUUGAAGACGGGCUGAGGGGUGUCUGGGCACGCGUCCGUCGACAACUCUUUGAUAGGUCCAGCUACGACCAAAUUGUGAAAAAUAUCUGUAAAGCGAUCGCUAGCUCUACAGGGCUCAGUGUGCAGAGAGUAUGGCUCCUAAGACCCAGGAGCCUACCGAAGACUAGCAGUGGCAAGCUUCGAAGGUCUCUAGCCCGCGACAAGUUGCUUGAAGGCAAACUGGAUGGCGUUAUUCAUACAUAUACCCAUCAUACACAUCAAGCUGAAGGUGUAGCAAGCGCCUCCAGAGCCAUUUCGCACGUUCCCACCAAGCCAAGUACUCACCAAAGUUCCGAUGUGGCACACAAGGGGCAUGAAGAAUCCGGACCAACUCAUGAGGCAGUAGUCAAGACCGUAAGGGAUGCCGUGAUUGAUGCAGCAAAGAACGUGCUUGGGGAGGUCGACGAGUUGCCGGAUAUGCAGGCUCCAUUGCAUGAAUUAGGCGUUGAUUCCAUUGCUGCCGUAGAGCUAGCGGAGCUCGUGUCUGAAAAGUUGAACAUCGACAUCGAACCAACGUUAAUGUUCAAUUAUCCGACUAUGGAAGACAUUAUAGACUUCCUAGUGCGGGAAAUAGAGGGAAAAGGUGGCGAAGAUGCACUAACGGUUAACACUAACACCUCCGAAGUGACUAUGGCCGUUGUGGGCGCCGCAUGCAAUCUGCCUGGAGGCAGCACGUCCCUUACUUCAUUUUGGGAUGCUCUCAUGUGCGGCGUGGACGCAAUGGUGGAGGUUCCACGCUCACGAUGGGAUGUCGAGGAUUACUUUGAUCCCGACCCAGAUGCAGAGGGCAAAAUGUACAUCCGGGAAGGCGGUUUCAUUGAGAAUGCCGAAUUUUUCGACGCCUCGUUCUUCAGGAUCUCUCUGGCCGAGGCAUCAAGUAUGGAUCCUCAGCAAAGGCUGCUGCUAGAGGUUGGCUACGAGGCCCUGCACGACAGUGGUUUUGACAAGGACAGCUUGCUGCGGGCAAACAUUGGAACGUUUGUAGGAUGCUGCUGCAACGAAUGGCAGCAGACCUGUGCACAAAUGGGUCUGGGAAUCAGCAGCUUCACUGCAACUAGUCACGCUCCCUCGAUUUUGUCGAACCGUCUGUCGUACACUCUAGGGAUGUUGGGACCGUCCUUAACAGUUGACACUGCGUGCUCGUCUUCUCUUGUAGCAUUGCACUUAGCAAUUCAAGAGCUUAAAGCAGGAAGCUGCACCUCUGCCCUGGUGGCAGGUGUAAACCUCAUGCUUUCCCCGAAUGUUACAGUGGCCUUCUGCAAGGCUCGUAUGAUGGCGCCAGAUGCUCGCUGCAAGACAUUUGAUGCUAGCGCAAACGGAUAUGUGCGUGGGGAAGGGCUGGGCGCAAUAGUGAUUAAACCACAGACGGAGGCCACGAAGGAUAACAGUCGUAUCCUGUGCAUCGUUCGCGGGACAGCAAUUAACCAUGGAGGACGCGCUGCUAGUUUGACCGCGCCCAGUGGUCCCUCGCAGGAGCGAAUAAUUCGAACAGCCCUCCGCAACGCCGGCGUGUCUCCGGAUGAAGUGCUUUUUGUUGAAACACAUGGUACAGGAACGUCUCUGGGAGAUCCGAUCGAGAUUGGCGCCCUUAAGUCGGUAUUCAGGUCAAGCAGGGACUCUCCGCUUCUCUUAGGUGCCGUCAAAACUAACAUUGGGCACCUCGAGGGUGCAGCAGGUAUUGCCGGCUUUCUCAAGGCCGCGCUGGCUCUUCGACAUGAACAGGUUCCUCCGAAUUUACACUUUAAAACGUGGAACCCGCACAUCGACCUAAAGGGUGCGAAGUUCGUGUGCCCUGUCGUUGCGCUUCCAAUAACACCAGCAACGGGAAAACAACGGAUUGGCGGCGUUAGUUCCUUUGGUUUCGGAGGCGCAAACGCGCAUGUGGUGUUGCAGGAGGCUCCUCAUCCAUGCGUUGGUAGGCGUCCAUGUAAGGCUCAAAAGCCCACACUCGUGUGCUUUAUGUUCGGCUGCCAAGGGGUCGAGGGCUUGCACAAAUGUCGCGUGCUUUACGACAGCGAUCCUGCCUUCGCAAAGGCCCUCAACGACUGCGGCGAUAUACUUAAGCGUCUUGUUAGCGUCCCGCUUCUUUCCAUCCUCUUUUCCGAGAAAGACACACCGAAGGCCACUGAGAGGGGUCACAGCCAACAAACGCAUCAUUGGCUGCGGCAGACACGUUUCGCGGAUCCCGCCCUUUUUGCGUUCGAAUACGCUAUCGGACGCAGCCUCAUUGCACAGGGAGUCAAUCCAGAUGCUGUUAUGGGGGUAGGCGUUGGGGAAUUCGUUGCAGCUGCCAUUGCAGGGGUCAUGAGCUUGGAAGACGGGUUACGGGUUGCGUGCCAAAGAGCCAAACUUGUGGAGACAUUCCUUCCAGCUGAUGCUGUAGCCGUAGCAUGCAGAGUGGGCGAGAAGGACGUGGAAAUGGCUAUUUCCGAGGCUGGGGGAGCAGCAGGCUCCACCUCAUCCGUUGCGAUGUCUCUAGUUUACGGUCAGAAGCAGCUAGUCUUAACCGGGGUCCAGUCGGAGUUGGAAUCCGUCUUGAUGAAGCUCGACAUAGCUGGCCGAUUCAAGUACCUACCUGAUCGUUUGGGCUUCUCGUCACCCCUCCUGUCUGACGUCGUCACUCCCCUUGCUCGUAUCAUCGGUGGUGUGAAGCUCUCGCGUCCUACCGUAAAGAUGAUCUGCCCAACAACUGGGGAAUUCUGCGAUGAGCAAGUCCUUAGCGCUCACUACUGGACCCGACACUUGAUACGGACAGUGCGACUCGACCAGUGUAUCAGCAACCUUGUCUCGGCUGGAUGCAAGCUGCUUGUGGAAGUUAACGGGCGGGCAGCGUUAAUUAGAAUGGGUCAGCAGAGCGUAGAUGAAAUGGCCAAGGACGUUGAGUGGGUGUUUGCGUUCCCAGCUGCUGAAGAAGAUACAAGUGACAGGCACACCUCGCCUGUUCAAAAGUGCCUGGAGGUUAUUGAUAGGGUUGGUGAGCAGCUCGAAAUGGAACAUGGUCUACAUGGACAGGAUGAAUUGCUCUACCGCCGGAAACCUAUCCCGUGGGUACAAAUUCCCCACCCGUUUGUUGGCAAACAUCGAGAACUUGGGGAUGGGGGCUUCCUGUUUGAGACAUCUUUUCCUCGCCGUGCCGUGCCAUUGUUCGCCGACCACAUGGUUAACGGGAAGGCCAUGAUGCCUGCCAUGGGUAUGGCCGAAAUUAUUGCCAGUGCUGCAUUCGCGCUCGACCUGAAGACCCCUUCUGGAGCUGUUGCACUGGAAAAUGCCUUUUUCGAGAGACCAAUGUUGAUUGGCUCCCAGCGCGUUACAUACGAGUUCAAUACCCGAACAGGCAAUCGCAACUGUGGCAGGCUCAGCCCUCGAACAGUUCGGACUCCAAGAAGGGUUAAUGACGCGUACGUUCGCAGACCACGGGCGGACAGUGAAUCCCGCGGGUUCUCAACACCGGGGUUGGCAAGUCCCUCUCUCGCCCCAAGUGCGUGGCUUGUUUCACCGGUCAGCAGUAAGGAGAGUACUCCGAAGCUAGCGUCCUCGGACGCACGUUCGAAGGAUAUGAGGCUAAAAGCGGAGUUGGAAGAAGUCACGCAGUCCCUUUUGUCAAGCCGCUGGGGAUUGCCAGAUGACCAAGUUGUCCCUCAAGAUGUAGAAAUGACGAUUCGGUGCCACGUCAUGAAAAACUUCGGUGUCGAGCUUAGCAGCGUAUGGGACGAUGAAACAAACGUUCACUGCAGCGCCCGGGUUGUGCUUAGGGAACAGAAUAAAGAAGAAGCAUUGCCAUCUUUGAAGGAUCUGCAGGCACGGUGUAAUCAGCCUAUUUCAGUAAGCCAGCUCUACGAAUCAUUGUUUGAUUUAGGUCUUCAAUAUGGACCACGUUUCCGCUCCGUAAAUAGUAUUUCGCGGUCAGAGUCAGAGGCAUUGGCUCGUCUGAUGCUACCCGAAGGCUGCAAACAGGACUCGUUUGAGAGCGGCUUCCUAGUGCAUCCUGCCCUUCUUGAUGGAGCGCUUCAUGUUUCGGCCUCUCUUAUUGGGCGGCACGCUUCUGGGACUCAUGUGUCUAUGGUCCCAGUUGGGGCUGGCAGCAUAUGGCUAAGGAAGCUGGAAGUUAAAGCAGGCUGUUGGGCGCAUGUAGAGCUUCUGGAAUGCCGAUCACGAUCGGCGGUUGUGAAUGUUCGGAUAUUUGACGACAACUGGCAAGUCGUCGCCGCGCUUGAGAGAGUCGCGCUUAGAAACGUUGAUAUUGGGGGUAGCGUAGGUGCAAGCAUCCCAAGAGACCUUAUUUGGAAGGUUAGGUGGGAGAAGCGAGCAGAACUGACUUCCCAGCCACUGGAUCACGCAGCUACGAAGUGGCCUGUGCUGGUACUCGGGGGUAGCUUGCAACUCAUGGAAGCACUUUCGAAUGCGCUAGGCGGAGAGGGCUACGGCAGGGUGCUGAGUGUAGAAGAUAUCCCGUCAACAAGGCCCAAAGUCCAAGAUUUGCUCUCAAGCGGCAGCUGGAGGGCUAUUGCCUUUGUAGAGGCGUUGACAGCUGACGAGUAUGCCUUUCUAGAUGUUCCUCAGGCAGCAAUUCGCCUACUUCAGGCGUAUGCUGCAUUGCUAAACAAUGGGGUCACUGUUCCCCCAAUGUGGUUCUUCACUAAGGACAUUAUGGAGGCUCCAACAGAGGAAGAGCAAACCCCUCCGCAACCCGACCUUCCUGCUCAUGCUGGCCUUUGGGGCCUUGCCAAGGCGGCUCGACUGGAGAUUGAAGUUUCCACUGGUAGCACGACGCAGAUUGGCUGCCUUGACAUUGCCCCUCUAGAAAAAGAUGACGACAUUGCCAAGGCUGUAGUAACUUUCCUGCGUUCCAGCAUGGCAACGUCGGUUGAAAACGAGUUGAUGCUGCGUGGAAACACUUUAUAUGCAGCAAGGAUCGAGAAAAGCGACUUAGCUGUUCGAGGAGCCCUCGAGUUAUACAUGCCAGAGAGAGGUGCCAUUUCAAACUUGGUGGUAAGACCGCAAGCCUUUGCAGCUAGGGUGCCACCAGAGCACAACCAGGUUGAGGUUCGUGUACGAGCAGAUCCUCUCAACUUCCGAGACGUGCUGAACGUUAUGGACCUCUACCCUGGGGACCCUGGGCCUCCAGGUGCCGACUUCUCUGGAACUGUAGUGGCCGUAGGUGAUGAAGUAGAGCAUGUACGCGUGGGAGACCGUGUUUAUGGCAUAGCACCAGGAGCGUUGCGUACAUAUGCGACGACAGACGCCCACCUUGUUCGACGAGCUCCGGACUCCCUUGGUUUUGAAGAAUCUGCAGCACUGCCUGUGGUAGCAGUGACAGUAGAGUACGCCUUGGGGGACCGCGCGCAAGUGAAGGCAGGCGAGAAGGUCCUCAUACAUACAGCAACAGGUGGUGUAGGACUAAUUGCCAUACAACAUUGCCAGAAGGUAGGGGCAACGGUUUAUGCAACAUGCAGUGGGGGCGUCAAGGAGGAGUACUUGAAGUCCGCCGGAAUCCAGUACAUCACAACUAGCCGAGACUCGAAAUCGUUUGCAAAGGAUAUGCGCGAGUUUCUGGGGGAGGAUGGGCACAUCGAUGUAGUGCUGAACACCCUCGUCGAUGAUUACAUCCCAGAGUCCCUCAAGCUCCUUGGACCCAACGGACGUUUCAUGGAAUUGGGCAAGAGAGGCAUUUGGACUCACGAACAGAUGAAGGAAGCCCGUCCAGAUGUAUAUUACG